CUCGCCUUGCGAAUGGCAUGCGUUCGUGGAGUUGGAUCCCGCCUGAGCUUUGCCGCGGGAGCUGGUCGUAGCACCUCGUAGCCAUUUUGGCGAAAGUCCGUGCACGAAUCCCCCAAGCAGCCCACCUGGCGCACACGAUGAGGGCGCUGGCGUAUCUUCGCCGUGCGCCGUGUGGCGCGGCGUGCCGCAGCUUGGGCGCGGCCCGCGCGCUCGCGACCGCGGCGCCCGCCGGCGGCGCCUUCGCCCCGCGGCUCGGGCAGCGCGUCUGUGCGGGCUGGGCCGCGGGCGCCGCGGGCGUGGGCGCGGCAUGCCUGGCGGCGCCGCGCCAGGUGGCCCCGGCCCGGGGGGAGGAGCCCCCGCCGCCCGCAGGCCCCUCGGGCGGGGGCGGCUCUGAGCCGCCAGGGGCCGGGCCGCGCGGGCCCGCUCGGGGCCAGCGGGCGGCCGCAGUAGCCUGCGAGGACAAAGGCAGCUCCCCGGGCGCCCGGCCCGUCAGGGUGGCCCUGGUCGGGUCCACGCGCGGCUCCUCCUCGCAGGCCGUCAUCGACGCCAUCAAGGCGGGCGUGCUGAACGCUGAGAUCGUGGUGGUCGUGUCCAACAAGGCCAGCGCCGGCAUCCUGGAGAGGGCGAGGGGCGAGGGCCUGAAGGCGGUGCACGUGCCGUGCAAGAAGGGGACGCCCCGUGCCGAGUACGACGCCGUGGUGACGCGCGUCAUGCAGGAGACGAGGGCGUCGACCUCGUCAUGCUCGUGGGCUACAUGAGGAUCGUCAGCCCAGAGUUCUGCAGGGCUUGGGCCCGGCGGUGCAUCAACAUUCAUCCCAUCUCCUGCUGCCAAAGCACGCCGGUGGCAUGGAUCUCGAGGUUCACACGGCCGUGCUGGAUGCGAAAGAGACGGAGAGCGGAUGCACAGUGCACCUCGUCACAGAGGAGGUCGACGGUGGCCCCGUGGUCGUGCAGAGGGUUGUCCCCGUUGUGGCCGACGACACGCCGGAGUCUCUCAAGGCAAAGGUCCAGGCCGAGGAUCGAGGGCCUGCGCUGGUGGAUGCCGUGCGCGCCUUCGGCGAGGGCAGGGCGCCCUUCCUCAGGUGACCCGCAGCUGGCGGCGCUUCUCCCGCUGCCCCUGCUUCUCCUGCCCCGGCAUCGCGGGUGCCCCAUCGGAGGGGCUCGAGGUAUGCACCACUUCGUUUGGGCGCCCAGGUGAGCCAAGGAAGUCGGCGACGGGAUUCGGUGCACGGACGCUUCAGCUUCCCUCGGGUUGGGAAGCCGGGGCGUCAGUAGACCGAGGUCCUCGGCCGACCAGACGACUCGUUGUGUGCUGUCUCUUUCGAGUCCUUCCCCCAGCAGACAGCGGCUGAGGACUUCUCAGGGCGUCGGGCAUGGCAGGCGGGACCAGAUCUCCUGCUUGGUCAAGACGAGCGCGCAGCGCGCAGCGCUAGCCUAGCGGACCAAGGUCACAAAACUGGCAGACUUGCAGUUUUUUUUUAAUCGUCCUGCCCCGUUGGCCAAAGGCCUGGUUAACUCUUGACUCCCUCUAGGAUGCAUGUAGGUCUGUCGCAGCUUAACGCUUCAACCUCCUGCGCCAAUGUGUGAGGGUAAGUGGAACAUGCAGCAAGGUGGGAACCAAUAGCCGCCUCAAGUGAGCUGGUUCCAGACCGUGUGCGAUUCGUCUUCCAGUUGUGCGUUCGGAGUGAAAGAGUGUCUCAUCUGGCUUGUCAUCGUAGCUGCAGCGUCGUCCUCGCAUGAUUUCGGUGUUCAGGUAGGUAUCACGCGCAAGCGCAAGCAUCACGAAGCUGAGCCUCGUUCGCC